AUGAAUUAUUUCCUGUCUUACUGCAAAGGACAUUGUAGCGCUGUGCUCUCUCAGUAUCAAACCCUCCGAGCUGAAGGCUUGCUGUGCGACAUUUUAUUGAAGGUGAAAGAAAAUGAAUUCCCGGCCCACAAGUCUCUGCUGGCCUGUUCCAGUGAUUACUUCAGGGCCAUGUUCAAGAGCUAUACCAAAGAAUCCAGGGCUGCCAUUAUUCACCUGCAAGUCAUCUCAGCAACUGGUUUGCAACACGUUUUGGAUUUCAUUUAUACUUCUUGGUUGCCUUUGUCUUUUGCCAGUUUGGAAGACACUUUGGAAGCUGUUACUUACUUGCAAGUGACUGAAGCAAUUGGCUUGUGCAGCCAAUUCCUAGCUAAUAAUCUGACUCUGGAGAACUGCUGCUUUUCUGCCAACAUUGCUGCAAAAUUCUAUCUUCCAGAUGCUUUAUCUGCUGCGGAAAAGUAUCUAAUUUUCAAUCUCUGGAAACUCCUGGAUUUGGAUUUGGCAGGAUUGCUAGAACUGAACUUUCACUCUUUGAAGGAAAUAGUAAAGUCUCCCGAUGUGCCCAUGGUGAAAGAGUCAAUUUUGCUAGAUCUAUUACUAAAGUGGCUGAAGUAUGACAAAUUGAGGUUAACGCACGCAACUAGCAUUUUGGAGCAUAUAAGAUAUGGUCUCAUUCCAGUUGAAGAUCUGAGAAAAACCUACACUCAGUCAGAAGUGCCUCUGACAGCUUCCAUUAAAUGCUUAAUUAUAAAAGCAAUAAAUUAUCAUUCACUCAUCUUAAGACAACCUCUCCUUCAAGAUACGUACAGCACCAUGAGAAAUCAGAAAACAAGGAUUAUCCUGCUUGGAGGUAUGAUUGAAGAUGUAGGGCCCUUCAGGGAUGUGGUAGCGUUUGACGUUUACAACCACAAAUGGCAAAUUUUAACACAAGUACCAGACAGGAUGCAAAAUCACUGCGUGUGUACAGUUGGUAACUUCCUUUAUGUACUAGGCGGGGAGACAGAAAAUUCACAGAGUGAUUGCCAAAGUCCCUCUUUGAUCGUUACAAACAGAGUCCAUCGAUAUGAUCCUAGAUUUAACAAAUGGAUACAAAUUACUGGGAUGCUGGAAAAGCGAUGCCUUUUUUCUUGUUGUGUGCUAGAAAACAAGAUCCUUGCAAUUGGCGGGCAAGGGGAGAAUGGAUCAUUGCAUUCUUCCGUUGAAGUCUACAACAUUAGCCGAGACACCUGGACAAAAGUUCAAGAUUUGCCAAGUAAAAUCCAUGGUCAUGCUGGCACUGUUUGCAAGAACACUGCCUAUAUAUCAGGGGGCAAAUACAUGGAUCAUAGUAAUACAAGUAAGGAUUUAUACGCAUUGAGUAUGAUAGAAGGGCAAUGGAAAAAGCAAGCCCCAAUGAGCAUUGCUCGAUUUGGGCAUCAGAUGGCCACAAUCCGAGAGUCAAUUUUUACAUUUUUAGGACUUUAUGAACCAUUUUCUGAAAUUGAAAAAUAUGACCCUGACCAGAAUCAAUGGACUCGCUUAAGGCCAUUGGUUUAUGACCGAUUUAGUUAUGGCUUAGCAGUAGUGGAGGAAACUGCCCUUCUCAUUGGAGGGAAGAAAUGGCAAGAUUCCCGGGAGAUUCCAACUCAGGAUGUAGUGGGCUAUGAUAUAGACAAUGAUUGCUGGGAAGAAAUCUGCAAAGCCUCCUUGCCUUGGUAUGGAUUGCAAUGUGCUGUGCUACAACUUUCUGAACUGAAAGAAACGCAGGACAUUCAACAACAAAAGAGACCAAAUGCUGGGGCUACACCUCACUGAAACAUGAUCCUUACAGAUCAUCUAGAAGGGCUUAAAAUUAUACGGAUGUCUCGUAAUAAAAAGGCAAUAGUUCUUGCUUUUUAAGUGGUGCUGGAAUUUCAAACUGGAGACAGUAUUUUCAAAUGGAAAAGUAAAAUAGUUUAUCCCCAAAAGCUGUUUCCCUGCUUCCCAGUUUUUAUCAGUGAAAUUAAUGGAGCUGCUGAAUCUUACAACAAGAAAGAAUGAUAGCAGUUCUUUACAUUAAAUUAAAAGGGAAAUAUUAUCAAAAAGUUUAAUUUUAAUAGAGAUGAAUAGCACUUGCACCCACACUCUCUUCAAUUAUAGCAAUUCAGGAAAUAAAAUCUUGUAUUCCAGAUCAUACUAGUGGGAAAAUUUUGGUUUCUCAACAUUCCCACAAAGCUACAGAAUGCUAAUAAAGGCUGAUGUAUGUAUUAUA